AUGGAAUCCUUCAUCCUCCAACUCCUUAAACCGAUAAUCGCGUUCCUGGAAUCACUCACCCUCGACGAGCAGAAAAAGUUCGCGGCUUUACUCUCUAUAUUCGUCGUUUCGUUGACGUUUUUGACGAGCAUUUUUGCAAAGAAAAAAUCGAAUCCAAUCGCGUUACCGCUGGAUGGGAAAACGGCGAUACGUUUACCGCUGGAAAGGAUCGUGCAACUCUCGAAGGAUACCAAGUUGUUGAGGUUUACGUUACCGACGAAAGAGCACGCGUUUGGGUUACCGACUGGAUCGCACGUGAUGGUGCAGCUGACGGAUGCGAAGACUGGCGAGAAGCACAUGCGUCCGUACACGCCGGUGUCCUCGGACGCGUUGGAUAAAGGGCACGUAGAUUUCGUCGUGAAGGUGUACUUUCCGAAUAAGCAAUUCCCAGAAGGUGGGAAAGUCUCGCAAAUGUUGGACGCGGUGAAAGUCGGGGAGGAUACGGUGGAAUUCUUCGGGCCGUUGGGCGGGAAGCGAUACGUCGGCGAGGGCGAGUUCACCGUGAAGAAAUUGAAGAGUCAAGGCGGCGGCGUGGAGAGAAGAGACGCGAGAGACGAGGUUGGGAUGAUUGCCGGUGGGUCAGGGAUUACGCCGAUGUUGCAAAUCGUGAGAGAGAUGCUGAGAGAAACUGGCGCGGGUGGGCAAUCGCCGAAGAAAAUCUCCAUUUUGUACGCGAAUAAAAGCGAGGAGGAUAUUUUGUGCAGAGAUACGUUGGACAACUUUGAGAAGCAGUUUCCGGGAAGAGUGAAAGUGUGGUACACCGUGGAUGCGGCAUCGAAAAAGAAAGAGUGGAAAUACGACGUCGGAUUUAUUACGAAAGAAAUGAUCGAGAAGCAUUUGCCGACGCCGGCAAAGAGCGGGGACCGGUUUCAGAUUUUAGUGUGCGGACCGCCGCCGAUGAUGAAGUUUGCGGUGAAUCCGGCGUUUGAAAAGUUGGAGAUUGGGAAGGAACACGUUUUGACGUGGUAA